CUCAUACUGGUUAAAGUUCAGAGAUUGACGCCCCGCGUUUAAGAGCAAAACGUGUCGCAGUUUAGUCGCCUGAUCAGUUUAACUUCUGCUCAAAGCGAAACGAUUAGACUGGUUUACCUGCAGCAUGUUUACGUGGCGGAUGUUACCUUUACUUUAUCACUGUGAUUCAUCGGGUUGCAGCGAUUAAAACGAGCAAGAUCUCACAUUUUUUGAUACGUAUCUAGAUUAGUGAUGGAGGAGGAUCUAAUGAACCCAGUGGCUAAGAAAACUAAGGAGCAGUCCGGUAGUGUCCUUCUCACCUACUUCCAAGGAGACAUCAACAGCAUGGUGGAUGAGCAUUUCUCCCGGGCUCUGAGUCAAGCGGUGAAACCAAAGGAAAAGUCUGCUCAGACAAAUGGAUCCAGUCAAUGGGAAGCACAGUCACAAAGCAGGUUUCAACCCAUGUUUCCUCCAGAACAUCUCUGGUUAGGAACAAGCAGUGAGUCUCAUUCAAACUAUCACAUGUCACCGAAUCACCCUGCAAACUGUGGGAUUUUGUGGCCAGGGGAUUCAAGGCAUGGUAUGGGUCUCGCUCUGCCCCCCAUGAUGUACCCCUCUGUUUCGUGUCCUGAUGGGUUGAUAGCGCCAGAGGACCAGUACUCUAAUUCACUGUUACACUUGCUCCACAAUGAUCGUCCUGACACAAAGCAAGACCUCCACAUGAAUGGAUGGACAAAAUAUCCUGGACUUAGUAACCAGCACAAUCUAAAACCUGGUAUGAAGGUGAUUGAGAAGAAGGAUUUUGACUGGUAUUAACCUAAGAAGUUAUGUGUGCUUUAAAAGCAGGAACAAAGAAGUCUUUCAUUGUUCUUUCGUUUAACUGAACAAGUGACUAAUGGCCCUUGCAAUGCUUCACCUGGAGGCUUCUGCACAUCCAACCUGUUCAGAAACAAGCUCUUCAUGAAUCACAGCACAGAAGAUUGUAGACCAGAUUAGCCUCAGGCUCUGAGGUUAAAGACGUUUAUCACGCACACUAAAAACAUGUAAUUGGUGUAUUUACAGAUUUCUUUAACUGAAAUUUGUAUCAGGUGGAGUGCAUUUGUUGCUACACUGAAAAUUAAAGAUUCAUUGGAUUUACAAUUUUUUUUUAAGGUAAGUGGUUGUAAGCAAUUUAUAAGGACUGAAUUUAAACAAAUCAAAUUUAGCAAUGUUCAAUUUAAUUUGUUGUUUAAAUUCAGCUUAUAUCAAUUGUUUGCAACAAUAUGCAAUGAAUCUUUUUUUUCAGUGUACUGAAUAUUGUUGUUGUUUUAAAGAUUUUUAUAAGAAACGGCUGACACUUCUAAGGCCAUUUGAGGUUGAAUUUCAUUUUUAAGGUUGUAUACAAAAAAGUCUGGUAACAAAGGUUUUGAAACUAUUAGAGUUGUGAAAUUCAUUACACAGAAAUGUAUAAAUGUAUGAAAACUAAAUGUAUAAAUAUAUUUUAAAUAGGCAUUGAUUUAUAAAAUAUGUUUCAGUUUGAAACACACCAUAUUUGUUCUCAUUUCAUUCAUGGACAUGUUACAAAGCUUGUCUAAUAUUGUUGUUUUUGUCACAAUAAUUUGACUUGAUGCACAAUAUUUGAUGUCAACCACAAAAAGAAAUAUAAAUUAAGUAUAAAAUAUUUAAAAGCUUAUAUUGCCAUCCUAUCUAGACUGUAAAAAUAAACGGUAAUUAUCAGAUUCCA